CUGACGGAAGGAGCAAUCAGGGCUGCAGGUUUGUGGCUCAUUGGCGGCAAAAGACUAGUAAACUCAGUAAUCCACAAAUGCAUAAUCUGCCGCAAGCUGCGCGGAAAACAGGAACAACAACGCAUGGCAGAUCUACCACCCGAACGCCUCAAAACAUGUCCUCCUUUCACCUACGUCGGCCUUGAUGUUUUUGGGCCUUGGACUAUAACAACAAGGCGUACCAGGGGCGGACAAGCCGAAAGCAAGCGUUGGGCUAUCAUGUUCACCUGCAUGAGUUCGAGAGCUGUGCAUAUAGAGGUGAUCGAAUCUCUAGACACAUCCAGCUGCAUUAACGCCCUACGUCGUUUCUUUGCACUAAGAGGCCCCGCCAAACAGCUGCUAUCCGAUCGUGGCACCAAUUUCAUUGGAGCUUCGAAAGAACUAGGAAUGGACAAAUCAAUGCAACAAUAUCUAUCAGAUCAAGGUUGUACCUGGGAAUUCAAUCCGCCACAUGCCUCACACAUGGGAGGCUCUUGGGAGCGCAUGAUCGGCGUCGCCCGCAGAAUCCUGGACUCCAUGCUACUUCAAAAUAAGUCGCAACUGACUCACGAAGUGUUGUCCACACUCAUGACCGGAAUCACAGCCAUCAUAAAUCCAAGACCACCCCUCCCAGUUUCCUCUGAUCCAGAGAACCCCUUUAUCCUAUCUCCCUCAACACUCCUUACACAAAAAUCUUGCCUUUUACCACCCCCUGGAGACUUCCUGGACAAAGACCUUUACACCAAGCAAUGGAGAAAAGUCCAAGCUCUUUCAAAUCAGUUUUGGACCCGCUGGAGGCGAGAGUAUUUGCCCACACUGCAACAAAGGCAGAAAUGGACCGUAUACCGCAGAAACCUCCAAGUCUGUGAUCUGGUUCUGCUUAAGGACAAGCAGGUCACACGGAACAGCUGGCCCAUGGCAAGAGUCACUGCCACUUUCCCAGGCAAGGACAAUCGAGUAAGGAAGAUCGAGGUGAAGGCAUGGGACCAAGGCUGUGUAAAGACUUUUAUGCGACCGGUUACCGAGGUUAUUCUUCUCAUGCCAAAGGACUGAAUGUAUAAUGUUUGUUUAGUACAGUGCCCUCAGGAGGCCAGGCGGGGAGUGUGUUGCCUUUAAGGCAUUUUGUUAAAU